AUGGGCUUGGUCGACAAUGUAUCGACCAUAUUGCAAGACUCCGAGGAGCCUUUCGAUGACACUUUCCCGCCAGAAGAGGCUUAUCGGGAUGACGAUCUAGGGUACUGGGCUGAGGGACAGGAUGAAAGCGAAAGACUCCCUGAUGAUGAAUUUUAUGGCGAUGAUAUCGCUACUCCAGGUCAUACAGAACUCGAGACGCACCGUGAAAUGAGAGAGUUCGCAAGGCUUAUCACCUGGGAUCUACCUCUACUUGGAUCUCUCACGAAAAGCUUCACACCUCCAACCCUAAACCAACCCCUACGAUUCCGCUAUACUACAUACCUUGGGGAGGAUCAUCCUGCCGCCAACAAGGUUACCGUUGAAUUCAAUCCAAACGACUUGCCAGACUUAACAUAUGAGCAAAGGGCCACGCUCAUCAAGCUUUGUGGACCACGUUACAACCCGGAGAAAGAGGUGGUGAAAAUAAGCUGUGAGAUGUUUGAUACGCAAUUACAAAACAAGCGGUGGCUAUUGGACACGACCAACGCUCUCGUCAAGGAAGCUAGAGAAGGCCAAGAUUCGUUCGCGGAUAUCCCUUUCGACUUUCGCCACCACAAGCCCAAGCCCGUCUAUAAGUUUCCCAACAAAUGGAUCUUGACCGAAGAGCGCAAAGCAGAAUUGACAGCAAAACGCAAACAGUCUGAUGAAGCCGAACAAGCCAGGAGAGAAGGCAACAAGCUCAUAGACGGCGCGGCGCUGGUCAGAAAACACCACGCAGCUACACCUGCAUUGCCAUUGUCAGACAGAAAUGGCAAUCCACUGACAAUUGAAGAGCCCGUGGCGGACCUUGUCAUGGCAGAGCUGUCACCACUGAACAAUUACCGAGGACGACGGCGUUUCAAGCGAAAUACGUAA